AAGACGAGGAACUUGGCUACAGCUACGAGUAAUGCUAUAAGCGCUGGGGGAUUCCUUGGGUCGCCGGCGCCUAACAAGAGGAUCUGGAGGUAAGCAAGGGAGCAGACUAGAUUGGUCCAUCGGGAAAUGGAAGAAGGAUCCUCGUGGCUAAAAAAAAGUGCCACAGAUGAAGCUACGGAACUACCAAGCUGUUGUUCUGGAUCCUCGCUGCCAACUCUCACCAGCGGGUUUGGCGCUGGGCGGCUUUCGGGGCGAUAAACCAACUCACGACGCGUUUCGCCUCGCAUCAUGGAGACCAACAGACCUUCGCGCCCAAUCCGUUUCACUCUGCCAUGACCGCGCUGCUUCAAGGCCUGUCCUUCUUGAAACGUCUUCUGGGACUGCCGCUACCAUACACCCGACUCUCCCAUCGUCCUCUGGGAUGGCGAAUCAUCUCGUCCAGCAUUUCUCGCCCCUCGCAGGCCUCAACUCGACUCGCGCGCCAAAUGCCCCAUAGCUCGAAAUAGACUCUCCCAUGACCGUCUCCGUGACUGUUUAGGCCAUGCGU